AUGGCCAUUGUCGCAGAACUCCAGCAUCCGGCAUCCGCAUGGGGUCAACUCGUGUGCCGAGUCAUUUUGCAGGCCACCGAGCAGAAGAUCAAUGCCGUGGCCCAGCAAAAGAUCGAGUCCUGGCUUGCUACGGACCCAGAGGUUCCUGAAGUUUCAGCUUUGGCUGAGCGCAUCUCAACAGCCGUGGCAGACCUCGAGGCAGACACCCGUCACAACUUGAAGGUUCAGCGAAAUCCUUCCUCGCUCGUGCAGGAGGGCCUCAUUGAGCGCUCGCUGGAGGUCCGCAUCCUUUUGCUGGCCGCUUUCUGCUCGGAGCACGUUCUGCUGCUGGGCCCGCCUGGUACAGCAAAGAGCUUCUUGGCGAGAAGCGAUGAGGUUGUGCUUUUGUUUUGUCAUUCCUGGAUAAGCUUAGCCAAGAAUUUCAGCAGACCUUGUCAGGAGCGCCUGCUCACUCGCUUCUCAGUUCCAGAGGAACUCUUCGGCCCGCUUUCCCUGAAGAGCCUGGAGCGGGAUGAAUAUGUCCGAAAGACCACGGGAUACUUGCCUGAGGCAUCCGUUGCUUUCGUCGAUGAGAUCUUUAAGGCCAACUCGGCAAUUCUGAACACCUUGCUUUCCCUUGUUAACGAACGAGUUUUCGACAAUGGCCCCGAGCGCGUUGCAGUUCCUUUGCAAUGUUUGGUCGCGGCCUCCAACGAAGCUCCGGAGUCGGAGGAGCUCGAAGCCUUGUACGACCGGCUGCUCUUUCGCCUGUUGGUUAAACCCGUGUCAGAUGUCCGAGUGCCGGACUUGGUUAAGGCCACCUGUUUGAAGCCUCCGGGUGCGGCAGCUGCGGACGCGAAGACAGGAAGCUUUGCCGUUGGCCUGGAGGAUGCGCAGCACGCGCAGGAGCUCGCGGGCACGGUGAAGGUGGGUCCCAAGGUCGUUGAGGUGUUGGUGGACUGCCGGCGCUUCUUUGCAAAGCUGCAGCCAGCCGUUCAGCUCUCGGAUCGACGCCUUGGCCAAUCAGUGCGGAUGAUGCAGGUCGCUGCCUGGACCUGUGGUCGAAGCGAAGUAGAGCUCUGCGACUGUGCUUUGCUUGGCCACGUCUUCUGGAGCAGCCCGGAGCACUGCGAGCAGUUCCAGGCCUACCUGCGCGGCCGCUUGGCCAGAACUCGCCGCCGGCAGCUGAGCAGCAUCCUUGGCGGCCUGCUCGAGCGGGUUGAGUCGCCCGACGGCAAGGAACAUCCUUAA